UCCGCCAUGCUGCAGGGAGGCUCUGUGGUUCCUUGUGCUGUGCCGUGACCCGCUGCCGGGAGCUGUGAGGAGAGCUGGGCGAGCUCGGAAUCCGCCAUGGGUGCAGUGACCUAUGAGGAUGUGCAUGUGAACUUCACUCAGGAAGAGUGGGCUUUGCUGGAUUCCUCCCAGAAGAGUCUCUACAAAGAUGUGAUGCUGGAAACCUAUGAGAACCUCAUUUCUAUAGGCUACAAAUGGGAAGACCAGAAUAUUGAAGAACAUUGUCAAAGUUUUAGAAGACAUGGAAGAUACAAGCCAUGUGAGCAUAAGGGAUAUGGAAAGAAGCAAUGUACCUCUCUCUCUCCCAAAAAAUAUGGAAGUAUUGGAAGAUAUGUAGUAUUUCCCACUGUGAGAAGACAUGGUGAUCCUGAUUUAAGUGUACAAUUAAUUGGAUUUCCAGUUAAUUCAUUGGGAAUAUAUCAACAUACUUACACUGAGGGAAAACCUUAUGAUGACAAGGAAUAUAGACAUCCUUCAACCUGUCCUGGUUCAGAUUGCACAUGUACUAUGACUCACACUUCAGGAAAAUGUUAUGAAUGUGAUCAGUGUCAUAAAGCUCUGAGUUUUUCUAGUUCUCUUCAAAGAGGAGAAAUAACUCAUAUAGAAAAAGGAUGCUGUAAAUGUGAGCCAUGUACUAAAUACUUGAACCAUCAUAGGUAUAAUCAAACAUAUAGAAGAUCUCGUAAUGAAGAAGAACCCUGUGAAUGUAAACAAUGGGAUAAAACAUUUAGAUCUGAUUCCUCUUUACAUUUACAUGAAAGAAUUCCUUUGAAAAUAAAACACUAUGAAUAUAAUCAAGGUGAUAAAGCCUUUACAUAUCAUAGUUGUCUUCAGUAUGGAUGUCAUCAGUGUGGAAAGGCCUUUCAAUGUCACAAUUACCUUCAAACACAUGAAACAACUCAUACUAGAGAGAAACCCUGUGAAUGUAAUCAAUUUGGCAAAGCCAUUGCAAGUACUGGUGAUUUUUACAGGCAUGACAGAAUUCAUAUGGGCAGGAAACUGUAUCAGUGUAAUCAAUGUGGUAAAGCCUUUGCACAGAAGAGUAAUCUUCUCAGGCAUGAAAGAAGUCAUACUGGAGAGAAACCCUAUGUUUGUUAUCAGUGUGGUAAAGCCUUUGCAGAUAACAGCAGCCUUCACAAGCAUGAAAGAAAUCAUACUGGAGAGAAACCCUAUGAAUGUAAUCAAUGUGGUAAAGCCUUUGCAAAUUCCAGUAAUCUUAAACAACAUGUAAGAAAUCAUACUGGAGAGAAGCCCUAUGAAUGUAAUAAAUGUGGUAAAGCCUUUGCAUAUCCUAGUAGUAUUCAAAGGCAUGAAAGAAGUCAUACUGGAGAGAAACCCUAUGAAUGUAAUCAAUGUGGUAAAGCCUUUGCACAAAAGAUUAAUCUUCAUAAGCAUGAAAGAAGUCAUACUGGAGAGAAACCCUAUGUUUGUAAUCAAUGUGAUAAAGCCUUUGCAGAUAGCAGUACUCUUCAAAAGCAUGUACGAAGUCAUACUGGAGAGAAACCAUAUUUAUGUAAUCUAUGUGGUAAAGCCUUUGCACAGAAGUGUCAUCUUCUCAGUCAUGAAAAAAUUCAUACUGGAGAGAAACCCUAUGAAUGCAAUCAAUGUGGUAAAGCCUUUGCAGAGAAAAGUCAUCUUCACAGGCAUGAAAGAAGUCACACUGGGGAGAAUUCCUAUGAAUGUAGUCAAUGUGGUAAAGCUUUUGCAUAUAACAGUCAUCUUCACAGGCAUGAAAGAAUACAUACUAGAGAAAAAUCCCAUGAACAUAAGAGGUAAAACUUUGUACAUCAGGCAGAGAAAAAAUUGUUUUGGAGAUGCCGGUACCAUGUGGUGUCCACGAAGAUCAUCAGCAGUGGUAAAGUAGAACCAGUAAGAGCCUAGAAGAAAAGUGGGAACUGCCAAGGGUGGAGCCAGAGAAGCCCUGAAGAUUGGGAGUGCAUCCCAGUCGUUAGUAGUGGAGUUGUUUAUACUGUUAGAGUUUUUUUUCCCUUCUUUCAGAAUGUGACUGACCUAAUUCAUCCCUUUUGAAGAAAGAAGGUAUUUAACUUAAUUUUAAUAUUUUUACAAAGGCCAUAGUUGAAAGACUUUGAAUCUUAAAAGAGAUUUUGGAUUUAUUGUGAGAUUGGACAUUUUUAAGAAAAAAA